ACGCUCUCUCCUCUCCCCUCCGCUUACAAAAGGGCCUCCUCCUCCUCUUCCUCCUCCCCCAUCGCCAUUAACCCAUUACCACCUCCACCUCGCGCACUCAGUCUGUACUACCUGUACGUACGUGGCCGCCGCUAGCUAAGCUAGGAAUUGAAAUGGGGAUGGAGAGGCCGCAAGAGAAGGUGGCCACCACCACCACCGCCGCCUUCAACCUCGCCGAGUCCGGCUACGCCGACCGCCCCGACCUCGACGACGACGGCCGCGAGAAGCGCACAGGGACGCUGGUGACGGCGAGCGCGCACAUAAUAACGGCGGUGAUCGGCUCCGGCGUGCUGUCGCUGGCGUGGGCGAUAGCGCAGCUGGGGUGGGUGAUCGGGCCGGCCGUGCUGGUGGCGUUCUCGGUCAUAACCUGGUUCUGCUCCAGCCUCCUCGCCGACUGCUACCGAUCUCCCGACCCCGUCCAUGGCAAGCGCAACUACACCUACGGCCAAGCCGUCAGGGCCAACCUAGGUGUGGCCAAGUACAGGCUCUGCUCGGUGGCACAGUACGUCAAUCUCGUCGGCGUCACCAUUGGCUACACCAUCACUACGGCCAUCAGCAUGGGUGCGAUCAAACGGUCCAACUGGUUCCAUCGCAACGGCCACGACGCAGCCUGCUUGGCAUCUGACACGACCAACAUGAUCAUAUUUGCUGGCAUCCAAAUCCUCCUCUCGCAGCUGCCGAAUUUUCACAAAAUUUGGUGGCUCUCCAUUGUCGCUGCUGUCAUGUCACUGGCCUACUCAACCAUUGGCCUUGGCCUCUCCAUUGCAAAAAUUGCAGGUGGGGCCCACCCCGAGGCAACCCUCACAGGGGUGACUGUUGGAGUGGAUGUGUCUGCAAGUGAGAAAAUCUGGAGAACUUUUCAGUCACUUGGUGACAUUGCCUUUGCAUACUCCUACUCCAAUGUCCUCAUAGAAAUUCAGGACACGCUGCGGUCGAGCCCGGCGGAGAACGAGGUGAUGAAGAAGGCGUCGUUCAUCGGAGUCUCGACGACGACGACGUUCUACAUGCUGUGCGGCGUGCUCGGCUACGCGGCGUUCGGCAACCGCGCGCCGGGGAACUUCCUCACCGGCUUCGGCUUCUACGAGCCCUUCUGGCUCGUCGACGUCGGCAACGUCUGCAUCGUCGUCCACCUCGUCGGCGCCUACCAGGUCUUCUGCCAGCCCAUCUACCAGUUCGCCGAGGCCUGGGCGCGCUCGCGGUGGCCGGACAGCGCCUUCGUCAACGGCGAGCGCGUGCUCCGGCUGCCGCUCGGCGCCGGCGACUUCCCCGUCAGCGCGCUCCGCCUCGUCUGGCGCACGGCCUACGUCGUGCUCACCGCCGUCGCCGCCAUGGCGUUCCCCUUCUUCAACGACUUCCUCGGCCUCAUCGGCGCCGUCUCCUUCUGGCCGCUCACCGUCUACUUCCCCGUCCAGAUGUACAUGUCUCAGGCCAAGGUCCGGCGAUUCUCGCCGACGUGGACGUGGAUGAACGUGCUCAGCCUCGCCUGCCUCGUCGUCUCCCUCCUCGCCGCCGCCGGCUCCAUCCAGGGCCUCAUCAAAUCCGUCGCACAUUACAAGCCAUUCAGCGUCUCCUCAUGAUCAAAUUAAUAAUUAUUUGUUAAUACUGAUGAUGAUGAUGAUAUGAUCCAUCGAUCGAUGAAGAACAAAUAUAUAUAUAUAGCGAGAUCGAUCGAUCGAUCAAGAUCGUGAAUGAUAUAUAUAAUACAUAGUUAAUCAAUCAGAUGUUAAUUAAGUCGUGUUCGUGCGUGUCUUUCAGAGUUCAGAUCGACAGGUUGAUUUGAGAUGAGUGCUCAAGUGUUUCGUCAGAUGUAAUUAACUAUGUAAGUGGUAAAUUUAGCCUGAUGAUGAUGAUGAUCAGUCUGAAUGGAUGUCAUGUAAGUGGUAAAUUUGACAUGAAUGUAACAAAGUAGUAGCUUAGUUGCAGAAUUUCAGUAGCCUAAAUGGAUGAUAUAUCAGUCUGAACUUCAAUAACAAGUUAACAGCUAGAUUUCCGUUGACAAAA